UCGGCCGACUUGGAUUCGCACCAUAAAACCAUGGUUUGGUGAUAAACUGCAUACAGUAUGCGUGUGUGAGUGCGACGGUAGAUAUAGUUCAAGGAUACGUAAACAUAAACAUAUGUUCAGGUUGAAGGCGUGAGAACCGGUGCGAACGCAAGGGGGCGGAUUUACUAAAAUUUCUGUUUCGACCCAUUCCGAGUCUGGAAUGUGCGAUGUAUUAUUCUCCUGUUCCCUCGCCGCUGUCCUAGCGCACACCACUCUCACUUUCCAUCAUCACUCAGGUACAAACAAGUAGUUUCGUUCACCUUUGAUUUCUUCCUGACCAAAACAAAGGUGGAAGAGAGAAAAAAAACGUAAACAAAAAGAAGAUUCUCUACUUCUUGGUGAAAUAGAAAGAAACGACAAUGAAUCCACUCCAUCUGGCGAUUCUUCUGCUUGCGCCCCUCUUCGCAGCCAGCGAUGAAUUGGAUGCUGUUAUAGUGCUGUACAGACAUGGAGACCGAACACCAGUGGAUCCGUACCCCACAGAUCCAUACAGAAAUACAUCGUAUUGGCCGGUUGGGUUUGGACAAUUGACAAACAUUGGGAAGCAGCAGCACUUUGAACUUGGCAAAUGGCUGAGGAAUCGAUACGGAGACUUCUUGCCGGACAAGUACUCCGAGGAAGACAUCUACGUGCGAUCUACAGACGUGGACCGCACUCUGAUGUCGGCGUAUUCUAAUCUGGCCGGACUCUAUGAGCCGCGCGGAGGACAGAUUUGGAAUGCUAAUAUCGAUUGGCAGCCGAUCCCCGUCCACACGAAGCCCGAGAAGGAGGACCCGGUGCUUGCAAUGAAGAAGCACUGCCCCAGGUACAACCAGCUUAUGUCCCAGCUGUUUCUCAGCAAGGAAUUCCAGAACAUCGCCAACAAAUACAAAGAGUUGUACGAGUACCUCACGCAGAUGACGGGAAAGACGGUCAACGAUAUAGCUCAGACCGAGUACAUUUUCAAUACUCUGUUCAUCGAAGAGCUGUACAACUACACCCUACCUGAAUGGACGAAUAAGGUGUAUCCGACGGGCAUGCAAGAACUCGCACAACUGAGCUUCGCCGUGCCCUGUUACACGAGGGAACUGACUAGAUUGAAGACAGGUCUUCUCAUCAAUGAGUUCAUCGAGCACAUGCACGAGGCCAUAUCCGAAAACGCAGAUAAUGAGAAGAAAAGAAAAAAAGUUUGGAUGUACUCCGCCCAUGACACGACCGUCGCCAACGUGUUGAGCGCCUUGCGACUGUUCGAACAUCACUGUCCGCCAUACGCCAGCACCGUCAUCUUAGAGCUGAAGCACAAUGAAAACGGCCUCCGCUACGUGAACGUUCUGUACAAGAACUCGACGGAGGCAAGGCAGAUGCGGUUACCAGAAUGCGAAGAGAAUUGUCCCCUCAACAAUUUCGUCGCUCUUCUCCGCGAUGUGACCAUAACACCUGACGAGUGGGAGGAGGAUUGCGAGCUGGAUAGGAUCGACCCAGCCACCAUGUCCAUGAUGAAGCAGAUGAUCGUCAUCGGCAGCACGUCCAUAGCUCUUUUACUCACGUUCUGUAUUCUCAUAUACAUCCUCUGCGGCACAACAAAGAAAUCGCAGCAAACCUAUUUCAGAUUACCUGACAGCGAAAUAUAACUAUCAAAUCAAAUAUUUAGAGAUGCAAGAAGAAAAUAUUUAAAAGUUUA